AUGCCUCCAUUCUUACCCCGGAAAAGGGGGCUGUCCGAAGAUCGUUUCCCCAACAAGCGUCAGGCGCGUGAACCCGAGGACAUAGGAUCAUCGACAAGGAAAGAUGCAAAUGGGACUGCAACGGAAUUGUUAGACGACGACUCUGAAUCAAACUUGAGUUCCCUACCUUCCUCGAAUGCAGACAAGAAUAAUGGGCAUAAUUCAGACAAUAAUGACGACGGCGACGACGACGACGACGACGACGAUGAUGAUGAUGAUGAAGAGGAGGACUGGGAAGAUGCGCUUCAAUGGGCAAGUCUAACCUCAGCGCCAACGCCCGCUACUCCAGCAAGCUCCACAGCUCCGCGAGACCUCGAGCUUACAUUGGACAAGAACCAUGCCAUCUUCAUAGACCCUGAAGCUACGGGCAAGAAAGGUCCCAGCAAGAUUGAACGGCAGAUACGCAUCCAGACCCACUGUAUGCAUGUGCAGUUCCUACUAUUCCACAACGCUCUCCGCAACUGGUGGAUCAAUGAUGCAGAACUCCACCAGAUUCUACGAGAUCAAUUACCACCAGCUAUCAAGAAUGAAAUCAAGGAAUGGGAGAUUGCUGCUGGAAUACAACAUCCUGACCUCCCAACCAAGAUUGGAAAGGGAAAGGGGAAGUAUAACAAUCAAAACAACAAACGGCAGCGGGAUUGGGGGGAAGACGCCUCUCGUCUAGAGGCCGGUCAGCCUGAUAUGAGCCGGGGAGAUCCCACGAUCCAUAUUCUUAGGGUUCUUGCCGCGUAUUGGAGGAAACGUUUCAGUAUUACAGCUCCGGGGUUACGGAAAAAUGGAUAUCGACCAACCGCGGCGCUUCAGGAGGAAAUCAGCUCAUUCCACAAGGGCCAUCAUAGUAAAUAUCAUCAUGGUGAGCGGAUAAGAGAUCUAGAUGAGUUUCGUGACCUAGCACGUCGCUCGGAAGGCUCACGGGAUGUGGGCGCACAGCUGUUUACGGCUUUGUUGCGGGCAUUGGGAAUGGAAGCAAGGAUGGUCGCUAGUCUACAACCUCUCGGGUUUAGAUGGACCAAAGUGGAAAACUAUCGCCUGAAAGACCAGGAGGUGGCAACGGCGACAGUGACAGAUGACGGGGCGGAAGUACCGUCUCCUAGUGAGGCACUCUCCAGUGACGAAGGUAGCAUAACCGAUGACCCGUCGUCCAAGCCUAAUAAACGAAGACCAAAGAAUAAACAUAAUCCAGUCACAAACAGGAAAUUUGAUAGUGAUCUUCCCUUCCCGAUAUAUUGGACUGAGGCCGUCUCUCCAAUCACACAUGAAAUAAUCCCAGUCGAAACUCUAAUCCUGCCAAGUUCCAAUGCAGUUGCGACGACGCCUGAGCUUUUAUCAUCAUUUGAGCCGCGCGGCGUCAAAGCUGAGAAGGCAAAGCAGGUAAUUGCAUAUGUCGUCGCGUACUCCCCCGACGCAACAGCCAAAGAUGUCACUACUAGGUACCUCAAGCGGCACACCUGGCCGGGGAAGUCCAAUGGUUUUCGCAUGCCUGUUGAGAAAAUCCCGAUGCAUGGCGGACCCGCGAGAUAUUUUGUCUAUGAUUGGUUCAAAGCUACAAUGAGAGGAUAUGUUCGGCCAGAAGAUAAGCGAACCAUUGUUGAUGAGAAGGAGGAUUCGAAAGAUCUCGUUGCGAACCAGCCCGAGAAAAAACUUCAAAAGAAGGAAGGGGACACGUUGCAGAGCUUGCGGAAUUCUACGGAGUUUGUCCUUGAACGGUUUUUACGUCGUGAGGAGGCCAUACGUCCCGGUGCGCAGCACGUUCGAACUUUCACGUCCGGCAAGGGAGACAAGAUGAAAAAAGAAAAAAUUUAUAAACGGUCAGAUGUUGAGAAGUGUCUUUCUGCAGAAAGCUGGCACAAGGAAGGUCGGCAGAUCAAGAUAGGAGAAGCUCCGUUGAAACUUGUCCCAAUACGCGCGGUAACAUUAACGCGGAAGCGCGAAGUUGAGGUGGCAGAGCGGGAGAGCGGCGAGAAGCAAAUGCAAGGUUUAUACGCGCUUUAUCAAACGGAAUACAUCAUCCCGCCGCCAAUUAAGGACGGGAAGAUCCCGAAAAACGCCUACGGGAACAUCGACUGCUUCGUCCCUUCCAUGAUCCCCAAGGGCGCGACACAUAUCCCCUGGCGUGGGACGGUGCGAAUAUGCAAGAAACUAGGCGUAGAUUAUGCAGAGGCGGUGACUGGGUUUGAGUUCGGGAGUAAGAUGGCCGUUCCUGUCAUAGAAGGGGUGGUUGUGGCAUCUGAAAACGCGGGUCUUGUCAAGGACGCCUGGCUGGCAGAGGAUGCUGAAAGGCGCAAAAGAGAGCAGUUGAGACAUGAUAAACUUAUUCUUUCCAUGUGGAGGAAGUUCAUUAUGGGCCUACGAAUUGCUGAGCGCAUUCAGGCUGAGUAUGGAAGUGGUGGAGAUGGAGAGGAACGGAAUCCGUUUUCGAAUAGGCGAUGCGAUCGCGAUAUUCCGCCUACCGAAGACGGUUUUGAGAGGGAGAAAAUGAGGGGAGAGCCUGUUGAUGAGGGUGGUGGGUUUCUGUUGCCGGGUGAGGAUGAGUCGGUGCAUCGCAAGGAUAUAGUUGAUGAAAUGGAAGGGGGAUCUCAGUCGCGGAUGGCAAAGGAUAUGGGCGAUGAAAAUGAUGGUAGAAUCGAUAUCGAAUCAUCGUCCGAAUUGAGUGAUCCUUUAUCUGUUGUCUCUGUUCAUUCAACGCCCUGA